GCGGGGGCCGGGGCCGGGGCCGGGGCCGCGACCACCAUGGCGGGGCCCGGCUGGGCGCCCCCGCGCCUCGACGGCUUCAUCCUCACGGAACGGCUGGGCAGCGGGACUUACGCCACAGUGUACAAGGCCUACGGCAAGAAGGACACCCGGGAAGUGGUAGCCAUCAAGUGUGUGAGCAAGAAGAGUCUGAACAAGGCAUCCGUGGAGAACCUGCUGACUGAAAUUGAGAUCCUCAAAGCUAUCCGACACCCCCACAUCGUGGAGCUGAAGGACUUCCAGUGGGACAGUGACAACAUCUACCUCAUCAUGGAAUUCUGUGCCGGGGGCGAUCUGUCCCGCUUCAUCCGCACCCGCCGCAUCCUGCCGGAGAAGGUGGCUCGCAUCUUCCUGCAGCAACUGGCCAGUGCUCUUCAGUUUCUGAAUGGCCGUAACAUUUCCCACCUGGAUCUGAAGCCACAGAACAUCCUGCUGAGCUCCCUGGAGAAGCCUCACCUCAAGCUGGCCGACUUUGGCUUUGCACAGCACAUGUCCCCAUGGGAUGAGAAGCACGUGCUCCGAGGCUCCCCCCUUUACAUGGCCCCCGAGAUGGUGUGUCGGCGGCAGUACGAUGCCCGGGUGGAUCUCUGGUCCGUUGGCGUCAUCCUGUAUGAGGCUCUUUUUGGCCAGCCGCCUUUCGCCUCCAAGUCAUUCACAGAGCUGGAGGAGAAAAUCCGUAGCAACCGAGUGAUUGAGCUUCCCACUCGACCCCAGCUCUCCCGAAACUGCCGGGACCUCCUGCAGCGGCUCCUGGAGCGAGACCCCGACAAGCGCAUCUCUUUCAAGGACUUCUUUGGUCACCCCUUUGUAGACCUUGAGCAUAUGCCGUGUGGCCGGAGCCUAGAGCAGGCGACUGCCCUGGUGGUGGAGGCCGUGAAGAAGGACCAAGAAGGGAAUUUCUCGGCUGCCCUGUCUCUCUACUGCAAAGCCCUCGACUACUUUGUUCCAGCCUUACACUAUGAAGUGGACGCCAGGCGCAAGGAGGCGAUCAAGGCGAAGGUGGGACAGUACGUGUCUCGGGCCGAGGAGCUCAAAGCCCUGGUCAACUCCUCCAACCGGGCCCUUCUGCAGCAGGGCACGUGCGCCCGAGACCUCCUCAAAGAAAUGGCCCGAGACAAACCCCGCCUCGUCGCUGCCCUGGAGGUGGCUUCAAUGGCUAUGGCCAAGGAGGAGGAGGGCCAGGAUGAUGGAGACGCCCUGGACCUGUACCAGCAGAGCCUGGGGGAACUCUUACUGCUUUUGGCAGCUGAGCCCACGGGGAGGAGGCGGGAGCUGCUGCAUGCCGAGAUCCAGACCCUGAUGGGGCGCGCGGAGUACCUGAAGGAGCAGAUCAAGAUGAAGGAGACUCGAUGGGAAGCCGAGUCCGCGGACAGAGAUGGGCUGUCUGAGUCUGUGCGGAGCUCCUGUACCCUGCAGUGACCGGGGGCCUGAGAGGCAGCCCUCCCCCUCGUGUCUGUGGGCCCUCUGGAGUCCCGUGGCCAGAAGCAAGCCUGGAGGAGGGUGGCAAGGGCAGAGGGGCCGGCAGACCAUCCUGGGGAUGAGGGUCUUGUAGGGAGGGACUCUAGGAGUCUGCUUCCUAACCCAGAGAGGGGAAUGGAGGACCCCGUUUCUGACCAACAAGGUCCUGUCUGCUGGAGUCCUGAUCGCAUCCUCGUGUUCCCCGCAUUAUAAACCCUUAGAGUCAGGCCCUGGCCGGGCCAGGAGGGGAUUUCCUGGAAGAAGAGUCCCUCCUGUGUCCUGGAGCCCUGACCUUAUCCUCUCCCACCGCCCCGGGUAACACCUUCCUUUGCUGGUGGGCUGAGUUCCCUGACAGUUAUUUCUAAGCAUGGCUAAGGGGCUUCUCUAUUACUCCCCCCAUUUCUUUUCCCCCUUUAAUCCUCAAACUCACUAGAAGAGCAGAAAUGCCCAACUGUGAUUGUCCCCUCGACAUUUCUCCUUUGACGGUUAGGUCUUAGGGGCUUGGUUGGGGCCUAGUGGGCUUGGCCAACUGACCUCACUUGCUGACCCAGGAAUUCUUCUCAGAGGGUAAAGGGCGGACCUGGUUUUGGGGUGGUGAUGGCGUGUCCUGCGCAGGACGUGGGCCCCCUACAGAGCGCCUGCUUGGGGGCCCUCUCUCGAGCCCUGAGCUUGGAGUCUCCCCUCUGGACUGGUGCUCACGGCCACAGUCGGCGUGCACCGAGACCCCCACUCGGGGUCCCCUGAAAUCGGAGCAACUUUCCCAAACGGCUCCUUGUGUCAGCUGCGUCCGAGACAAUCCUGCUUUAACAAAAUAACAAUCCUUUAACUUGAAACCGCCCUCGUCCUCCCCGGGAGAAGUCAGUUCAGCUGCUUGUCUGUGGUGGCGGUGGAGAAAGUGGCCAGGAGGUGGCAGGCUGAUUUAUAGAAACUGGAUCCCAUCUGGAAGCAAGAGAUUGGGGGGGCGGGGGGGAAUCACGUCCCCAUCCAAAUCCAUUGCGUGGAUAAAGGAAGUGCUUGGGGGUGCUUGGGCUGCUGUGAUUGAAGCUGGCUUUUGGUGGGGCUGGUUUCAGAUGGAGGUAAGCUAGCCCAGGCACAGGAGUCAAGAAACCCACCCUUGAUUGGCUGCGGGAUCUCCAACAAGACCCUUUGGACUUCAGUUUGCUCAUCUGUAAAAUGGGAGUGAUACUCGGUCUAUGCUACCCUUCUCCUCUGCCAAAACCAUUAAAAGGACUGAUUAAGAUGAAAACCCCCAGAAAAUAUAAAAUGCUUUGCUAGUGGGAGGCAGCAUCACUUUCUUUGGUUUGGUUUAAAAAUAAAACAGAACCAAUUCCCCAGAGAGAGUUCUGUAAUAAUAAUGUUUAUGUGGUGUUGGAAGGUUUCCAAAGGGCUUUAUAUAUAUUACUGUGUUUGAUCCUCACGACAAUCCGGUGAGGUAGGUGCUAUUUUUACUCCCAUUUUGUAGAUAAGGAAACUGAGUCCGGAGAGGUAAUAGCUUAAUCUGGGAUCACAUGGCUAGUCAAGUAUCUGUGGCAGAAUUGCCCUCCCAUCCACGGUCUGGUUUAAGAGAAUAUAUUGUUUUCUCAAUUAAAUUAUUUUCUAAAGUCA